UGUUAUAUUUAAUAAUAAGCUAUGUUCCAUCUUUCUUGUUAAAUUACUACUUUGCCCUUUGGCCUUCGCCUUUCCUUUCUUUCUCCCACGCAUAUUCUUCCUCAGUCGGUGAGAAAAGCUUCUCCGCCUUUGUAAUUUUUCACAGAGGCGACACAAAUGGAGACGAGUGAAGCCAAAGGGGUUCUCACUUACGGAGGAAAGUACGUCCAGUACAAUGUUCUGGGCAACCUUUUUGAGGUCUCCGCCAAGUAUGUUCCUCCUAUUCAACCCGUCGGUCGUGGUGCAUACGGCAUCGUUUGCUGUGCAACAAAUUCUGAGACGAAAGAGGAGGUGGCAAUAAAAAAGAUUGGCAAUGCAUUUGACAACAGUAUUGAUGCCAAGAGGACUCUCAGGGAGAUAAAGCUCCUUUGCCAUAUGGAACAUGAGAAUAUUGUCAAAAUAAAGGACAUCAUAAGACCACCGGAUAGGGAGAAGUUUAAUGAUGUUUAUAUCGUGUACGAGUUAAUGGAUACUGAUUUGCAUCAAAUCACACGCUCCAGCCAGGCUUUGACUGAUGAUCACUGUCAGUAUUUUCUAUAUCAAUUGCUGCGUGGAUUGAAGUACAUACACUCUGCAAAUGUUCUGCAUCGGGAUCUGAAACCAAGUAAUCUUCUUCUCAAUGCAAAUUGUGACCUCAAGAUUUGUGACUUUGGCCUUGCAAGAACUACCUCAGAGACAGAUUUCAUGACAGAGUAUGUGGUCACUCGUUGGUAUCGAGCGCCUGAAUUACUACUGAACUGCUCAGAAUAUACUGCCGCAAUUGAUAUAUGGUCAGUUGGGUGCAUCUUGAUGGAGAUUAUAGGAAGAGAACCACUAUUUCCUGGUAGAGACUAUGUUCAGCAGUUGACUUUAAUAACUGAGCUACUCGGCUCUCCUGAUGAUUCAGAUCUUGGAUUCCUAAGAAGUGAUAAUGCAAGGAAGUAUGUUAAGCAGCUUCCAUUAGUCCCCAAGCAAUCCUUUGCACAAAAGUUCCCAAAUGCAUCUCCUGAGGUAAUUGAUCUUGCCGAAAAGAUGCUAGUAUUCGAUCCGUGCAAACGCAUUACUGUUGAUGAAGCACUGAAUCACCCAUACUUGUCGAGUCUACAUGAGAUCAAUGAGGAGCCCAUAUGCCCAUCUCCAUUUGUCUUUGAUUUCGAACAGAUAUCCCUGAAUGAAGAAGAUAUAAAGGAGCUCAUAUGGAGUGAAGCUUUGAACUUCAAUCCAGAUAAUGUGUUGGAAUAGUCUCACAAAUUAUUUUCCUUUGUUUCUGUUAUUUUGGUUCACUAGAUAAUGAUUGAAAAUGAUUGGUUUUAGUUUGUAACUAUAUAAAUUGGUAUGGGUUUUUGGAGGGAGAGAGGUUCUCCCUCAUUGUAUUGAAAGGAUGAAUAGUGGUGUUGGGAAGUUGGUGGUAGUGGGGUACCCAUGGAGGGUUGGUAUGCAUAAGAAUGAAGGGUUUGAUCUCCUAGCCUUCUGAGCUUGAGACAGCGAAGUAGUGUUUGUAUAUGUAAAUGUGAGGGAUAUCAUUAGUAUAGGGAGAGAAGGAUUCUCGUAAUAAACACAUGGGUACAUUGUACUUUUCUUUUUAUAAGCACCAAAAUCAAUUUAUGUGAAAUUUAUAUUUCGGACCA